CGCGCGGCUCGCGGCGCCAUCAUGGCGCAGGGGAAGAAGAAGUUCCCGGUUCGCGAACUCGGGAAGAAAUCGGUUGCUUCCGAGCGGCCGCGGGGCCCGAAGAAGGGCGGACGAGUCAUCGCCCCCAAAAAGGCGCACGUUAUCCAACAGCGAAAACUGAAAAAGAAUCUGGAAAUUGGGAUACGGAAGAAGAUUGAGCAUGAUGUCAUGAUGAAGGCCAGCACUAACCUACCCAAGAAACUGGCGGUGGUCAAAGCUCCCGAGACGGGGUCCAAGAAGAAAGAAGUCGGGUGCCCCAGCAAGACUCACCCCUAGCCUGUGCUGGUGAGGUGGAGGAGCAGGGAAGGCCUCCAGCACCCUUGGCAUCAGGCCAGAAGGUCUGCUUAAAUAAACACAAGGAUUGAUGUAUGUCAGUC